GCGAUUCCCUUUAAGAUUAGAUCAACAGCCGCAGAGUGGCGAAGGCCUUGUUUACACUUUUAACCUUUGCUAUUUGGGUUCGGAAUCUAAGAGGAAGUGUGAGUAGGACGGGUUAAUCUUCCGGAUCAUGCCCCACGACCCCGAUCCUCCUCCGGCCAAGAAAUUUAAGCCGGGCUCCCCUUUCUUCCCUUCACACAAGAAGCCUGGGAUGCUGCUGCCGAAGAAGGGAAAUGCGCCGACUCCAAUAGACGUGCAAAGGAAACAGCUUCCUAUCUACCAGGCCAAGUCUCAGCUCAUCGACCAGCUUAGACAGCUGCACAGUGCCGUGUUAAUCGGAGAGACAGGCUCGGGUAAAACCACUCAAAUCCCUCAGUACCUCUACGAAGCUGGCAUCGGUCGGCAGGGCACCAUCGCCAUCACUCAGCCUCGACGUGUAGCCGCUAUCUCGCUGGCAGGGCGCGUGUCCGAGGAAAAGAGAACUCCGCUUGGGAAACUGGUGGGCUACACAGUACGAUUUGAGGAUGUGACAUCCCCAGACACCAAGCUGAAGUUCAUGACUGACGGCAUGCUGCUAAGAGAGGCGAUCGGAGAUCCACUACUUUUACGGUACACAGUGGUGAUUCUGGACGAAGCUCACGAGCGCACAGUGCAUACUGAUGUUCUCUUCGGCGUGGUCAAGAGCGCACAGCGCAAACGCAGAGAGCAGAAUAAGAUCCCUCUGAAGGUUGUUGUGAUGUCUGCCACCAUGGACGUAGACCUGUUCUCUCAGUAUUUUAAUAAGGCUCCCGUGUUGUACUUAGAAGGUCGACAGCAUCCGAUUCAGAUCUAUUACACGAAGCAGCCGCAGUCUGAUUACCUACACGCAGCGCUUGUCUCUAUCUUUCAGAUUCACCAGGAAGCUCCUCCAUCCCAUGAUGUCUUGGUGUUUAUGACGGGUCAGGAGGAGAUCGAAGCUCUGUCUCGUACGUGUCGGGACAUCGCCAAGCACCUGCCUGAAACCUGCGGACCCAUGGUCGUAAUCCCUCUGUACGCAUCGCUUCCUCCAGCCCAGCAGCUCAGGGUCUUCCAGUCUGCACCUAAGGGCUGCAGAAAAGUCAUCCUCUCAACCAACAUCGCAGAGACGUCUAUAACUAUUUCUGGGAUUAAAUACGUCAUUGACACGGGAAUGGUGAAGGCCAAGCGCUAUAACCCAGACAGUGGUCUGGAGGUGUUGGCUGUGCAGCGGGUGUCCAAAGCGCAGGCCUGGCAGCGGGCGGGCAGGGCAGGGAGAGAGGACUCUGGCUCCUGUUAUCGCCUCUACACUGAAAAUGAGUUCGACAACCUAGCAAACAUGACCGUACCUGAAAUCCAACGGUGUAACUUGGCUGGUGUAAUACUACAGCUGCUGGCUCUGGGUGUUCCUGAUGUGCUCAACUUUGACUUCAUGUCCAAGCCCUCACCUGAGUCGAUGCGGAUGGCGGUUGAGCAGCUGGAUCUCCUGGGAGCUGUGGAGAGAAAGGAUGAUCAGGUUUCCCUCACUCCUCUGGGCAAGAAGAUGGCCUGCUUUCCCCUGGAACCUCGAUUUGCUAAAACCAUCCUGAUCUCUCCGGACUUUUCCUGUACCGAGGAGAUUCUGACCAUUGUCUCUCUGCUCUCCGUGGACUCGGUGCUCUACAACCCACCUGCCCGGCGAGACGAGGUGAUUGCUGUGCGCAAAAAAUUCAUCUCCAGUGAAGGAGACCACAUGACCCUGCUGACCAUCUACAGGGCAUUCAAGAAAGUCAGUGGAAAUAAGGAGUGGUGUAGGGAGAACUUUGUAAACAGCAGAAACAUGGGUCUUGUUGCUGAAGUCCGAGCCCAGCUGAGGGACAUUUGCAUUAAGCUGGGACUGAAGCUCGAAUCCUCACUGUCUGAACUGGCUAACGUGCGGCGCUGCCUGGCACACGGCAUGUUCGCCAACGCCGCUGAACUGCAGCCAGACGGCACCUACGUGGCUCUGGACACCCACCAGCCUGUUGCCAUCCACCCGUCCUCCGUCCUGUUCCAGGCCAAACCGGCCUAUGUGGUUUUCAACGAACUCCUUCAUACGUCACGCUGCUACAUGAGGGACCUGUGCCUGGUGGAUGCCGACUGGCUACAGGAAGCGGCGCCAGAGUAUUUCCGGCGGAAACUCCACACGGCAAAGAGCUAGUACAGCCCGGGGCUUCUCGGGAAGUUUAACAGGCGAGUUGCAGGAAUAUCUAGACCAGUCUUGAAGAUGUUUCGCCACUCAAUCCGAGAGGCUUUACAUAUUCAUAUUUUUGUUCUGAUGAUGUAAUAAGUAAGAACAUUAAACAGGGUGUCGGGGGAGGAAAUUUUUGACAAUUCCUCUUAAUAAAGCCUCAGUGGAUUGGGGAAAUAUCAUCAAGAUAUCAGAAGUCCAACAAAGGAGCUUGAUAUGACUGUUUCCUCAUCUGAAACUUGAUCGAAUAAAGCACCGCUGAAUCUUUUGAAGACAAGUAAACGUGGACCGUUGAACCUUAAGAAAUGACUUUACUAAUAAAUGUGUUUUGUUGUAUUUUGUACCAAUGACACAUUUUGCACAUGCUCCGAAAGCUUUUGACGAAUUUACAUCCUCCGGUGGUUUGAUGCUGGAAGCUUUUUUUCUUUCUUUUUCCUACUUGCCUGUUUGAGCUUACCUUGUUAUGAAUGCUUGCAUGUUUCCUUUAACUACAAAGCACCCCGGUUCAUGAUGCACCACUUGAGUGGCCGUGCUGUUUCUGGAGCUCGUUUUUGCUUACAUGUGUUGAUGAAACAGCCUGAUCUCAGUAAAUGUGUGUAUGAACAAAGGCCCACAUGUUGACUGGAUGCUUGGCAUGUAACAGCUGCCUUAAUCCUAUGUCUCGUAUUAUCUACACCCCCCUGUUUCAGACUUUCUUUAUAUAUACAGUAUAUAUAUAUAUAUAUAUAAAUAUUUUCUGAAUCUAAUAUGUGGGCAUUUAUUAUUAAUGGUAACUGAAACUUCAGUGGAUGUUUCAUGCCGAUUAAUCGUCAAUGCAUAAUUGAUGUCGAUGUAGAAUUGAUAGAAAAUGCCCUUACAGUCAUAGAAAAUAAAUACAGUAUGUUAUUUUAGUUAACUGAUGGGUAUCUGAGAAAACCACUUUAUUUAUUUGUAAAGUGGCCAGAUGGGGGUGUAAAGCUCAGGCUUUUAGUGGAUACGACUAUGAUUGAUUUAUAAGGCAACAAUUUGGAAAUUGAUGAUGUCUUUAGCAAUUUAAUAUUCUCAGAUGCGUGCCCAACUUUGUUGAGAAUCUGGGGUUAGUUACUGUAU